UUACCACAGGUGGGAGUCCAGCAGCAGUAGACCGGAAGAGCAAUACAAAGCCCGCAGACCUAAUCUGUCCUUGGUGUUGUUCACGCGUUGGAUACACGAAGCCAGGAAGCCGGUUGCGGACACACGCAUAACCUGAUGGCCACAAGAUUGCCUCGCUGCUUCGCCGCAGCUGCGGCAGCGGCAUCAGCAACAUCAUCGGCAUCGUCGGGAAGCAACAGCAGUAGGGCAACACCACCCGCAGCAGCUUCCAGCAAACACUCGCAGGCGAGGGGGGACGGUGGCAAGGAACCAUGGCGAAGAGAAGCAGCAUCAACGCCUGCUGAUGCGGCGGGAUGCACAAAACUUGCCAGCGGAGGUUGUCGAAGGGGCGCGGUUGGAGGAACAGCAGCGGCAGCAGGAGCAGCAUCAGUUAGGCCAUCCAUAGAAGCGCUCGAAGCGUCGUUGCAGGGGUUGCUCGGCUCCGUGCCGUUGGUGAGGAUUGCGCACGCCGAUGGUGCUGCUGCUGUUGCCGUUGAGGCGGCGGGGGCGGAAGGGGAAGGGGACGCUGCUGCUGCGGUGUCAGAGCUGGAGGAUGGUGACAAGCCGGAGUACAUCCAACGCGCGGACGAGCAGGCGGCGCAGAUGAGGCAGCAGUUGCGGCGACCUGCACAGUUUGCGGACCAGUUCCUGGAGGUUUCUCAGCUCACCCAGGUGCACUCCUUUGAAGGCUUCCGUCUCGACAUGUCAAAGGCGGUUACGCCGACCUUCUUCACCUCGCAUAACGUCUUCUUUGGAAACCCUCAGUUCCCCAGCGGGCAUUACCAGGGCACCCUUACCGUUGUGGGCGAGAGUGAGACGAUGGUGCGAGCCUCUAUGGACGCCGACUGCAACGUUAGCAUGGACGCGCACGCGCCCCUGGGCAUGCCGGGGUUGGCCGGAAAGCUGACGGUGCACCAGGGGAAGAACGACGUCAUCCAGGGGACCGCUCUCUAUCACGGUGAUACUUGCUCGGGACAGAUUUCCCUUGGUACCGGGCCGACGGAGAUCUCGUACAACCAGGCCGUCACUCCGCACCUGUCUAUGGGAGGCCAGGGUCAGUUCAGCUCCGCGCAACAGGCGGUCGGGCUCCUGUACGGCUUCAAGUACAACACCCCGAGUUGGGCGGUGCUCGGGAGGCUUAUCGGUGGAGGCGCUAAUGUGGUGACCGCGCAGUACCUGAGGAGGGUGGUGCCCGGCAGAGUCACUCUCGGUGCCGAGUACCAGGCGCAGCUAGGUGCCGGCAGCCAGAUGAUGGUCGGAGCCGAGUUUCAACUCAAGCAGAGCAAGAUGUCUGCCAGCGUUGACAGCAACGGCAAGGUGGACUCCACCCUCGAGCUCAAGUGCGGAACAUUCCCGACUUUGCCCGUUACGCUGACCAUCUCAUCGUCUUUGGAUCACUCCGAGGACAAGCAGACGUUCGGGUUGGCCCUCACCUGCGGACAGUAG